UCUUGAUUUCUUUAUCCAUAUAAGUCUAGGGUAGAACUUCCAUGUGAUAAUAUUCUCGUCCCAGUUUUGAACCUCGGACAGUUUUGGCAAAAAUGACUGAUGCUAUUGUAUCUUUUGCAGUGAAGCAACUUGGGGACUUUCUUACCCAAGAAAUAGUUGAUCGAAAAAAUUUGAGGGCGAGAGUCGAGUGGCUAAGAAAUGAAUUGGGCUAUAUGCAAUCUUUCAUCCAAGAUGCUGAAGAAAAGCAGAGUGAUGAUCACAGGAUGCAACAGUGGAUUUCUGAAAUCACAGAUAUUGCUCAUAACACAGUGGCCAUCUUAAACGAUUGCAACUUGAAGGUAGGAGCUGGAAAAUCUGGAUUCUUCAACAGCCUGCAAACUUAUGCCUGCUUGUGCAGCAGAGAGGCUAAUCUCCACAAUAUCAGCCAGCAGCUUGAGUCUCUCAAGCAAAGGGUGCUCGACAUUUCUCGCAAGCGUGAAACAUAUGGCAUCAGAAAUCUUAGUAAUUCAGCAGGUGAAGGGGCUAACCGUGGUCCAAACAGUAGAUCAAUCAUCAAAACACUAAGGAGAGCAACUUCCUAUGUAGAUCAAGAUCGACUCUUUGUGGGCUUUGAAGAUGUCACUCGGACGUUGUUGGCUGAACUUUUCAAAAUGGAGGACAGACGUAGUGUCAUUUCUAUUUAUGGCAUGGGUGGCCUUGGCAAGACAACCGUCGCUAGAGAGCUUUACAACUCCUCCAGGGUCAUGGAAAAUUUUCGAUACCGUGCUUGGGUUUGUGUCUCUCAAGAGUAUAGCACCUCGGAUCUUCUUCGAACUCUGAUUAAGUCGUUCAGAAAGAGGUGCUUCGGAGAUGAACUGAAGAUUAUAGAGAAGAUGGACGAGGAAGAUUUGGAGCGCUACCUCCGUGAAAUCUUAAAAGACCACAAAUACCUUGCGGUGGUAGAUGAUGUUUGGCACAAAGAAGCUUGGGAAAGCUUAAAAAGAGCUUUCCCUGAUGAUAAAAAUGGCAGCAGAGUCAUCAUCACUACGCGCAAGAAAGAUGUUGCAACGAGAGUAGAUGACAGGAGUUUCGUUCAUGAGCUUCGGUUCUUGACACCAGAUGAAAGUUGGGACCUCUUUUGCAAGAAGAUAUCUCAUGGAGACGGCUACAACAAUUGGUGCUCUGCAGGAAUGCUGGAUUUGGGUGGGCAAAUGGUUCACAAGUGUGGUGGUCUACCGCUUGCAAUAGUAGUACUGGGUGGGUUGCUUUGCCAUAAGAAACGGCUGCAAGAGUGGCACGAGGUGAAAGAACAUAUUUGGCGACAUCUGAAGAAUGACUCCCUUGAAAUCUCAUUCCUGCUUUCUUUGAGCUACGAUGAUUUAUCGGGGCAAUUGAAGCACUGUUUCCUCUACUUGGGCAGUUUUCUUGAAGAUUCUUUGAUUGACGUAGAAAAGCUUAAAUGGCUUUGGAUGGCAGAGGGAUUCAUAACGCCAAGGGAAGCGAAAAUGGAGGAAGUGGCUGACCAUUACUUGAACGAGCUGGUUAACAGGAGCAUGAUUCAGAUAGCUGACAAAAUGUGGGAUAAAAUUGCCUAUUGCAGGAUUCAUGAUCUUCUUAGGGAUCUUGCGGUUCAAAAGGCAAUCGAGGUAAACUUCUUUGACAUUUAUGACCCACGCAAAUACUCUACUGCUAAUUCUUCAGGCCGACGCCAAGUUGUCCACACACAAAUUAGAAAUUACUUCUCACUUGUCAGUCCAUGUUCGAAAAUGCAGUCACUUGUGAUCUUCAAUCCAGAUGGUGAGGAACCCAAAGUAGAGCACUUUCGCUCUCUGUGUGUUAGUUUCACAAAUCUUCAUGUUUUAAAUCUAGAAAACUGUCAUUUUAACUUUGCCACUGAUGUCGGGCAACUACCAUAUGACAUAGGCUCUUUGAUUCACCUGAAGUUCUUAGGGAUAGUAGAUACCAACUUUCGUUCCCUCCCGAGCUCCCUGGGAAAAUUAAGAAGCCUAGAAACCCUUUGUGCAGCUACGACUGACCUUGCAUUUCCUCCUGAGAUAAGUGAAUUGACAAAUCUUAGACAUUUGGUUGCUCUUUGCAAGGGGCCGGUGAAUAUUAGCUCCUUAACAAAUCUGGAGACUCUUAAAUAUGUCAAGUAUCAGGAUUGGCUAAAAUUGAAGACAACCAACUUGGUCAAUCUUCGAGAAUUAGUGGUUCAAAAUAUUGAUGGUCGAGGUAGUUUGGAUUCAAUAGGGAAGUUAAGGAACCUGGCUACUCUCACCCUCACAUGCUCAGCAGUUUCCUGGGCUUUUCCUCCACUAGAACCUCUUUCUUCUUGUCAGCAUCUGCUCAGAUUGUGGUUAAGCGGACCGAUAAAAAAAGUGGGACGACUAGAGAAGUUGCCGCGGUCGAUCAUGAUCUUAACACUACAACAUUCAAUUCUUGAACAAGAUCCUAUGCCUGUGUUGGAGACUUUUCCAAACCUACAAAGCCUUGAGCUAAUUGCAGCCUAUAUUGGACAUUCAUUUUGCUGCACUGCUAAAGGGUUUCCAGAGCUUGAGCUUCUACGUUUUCGUAGCUUAUAUGGUUUGGAAUGGCACUUGGAAGAAGGAGCAAUGCCUAUGCUCAAAGGUGUUGGCAUAUACAAGUGUCCUGGGCUGAAAUGCCCUGAAAGAAUUAAUCGUGUCCGUAAGCUUAAAGAAACGGAGAAGAGGCUUUUGCCUUAUGAGCGCACGUGGUCACACCAUUAGCAUUAUCUUUUUGAAGAGACAUAGGACUGGCGAGUGAACCAAAUUCAUCUUCCUUGUUAUCAUAACAGGGAGACUUUCUGUACUCUUGAGCACUGGUGAAUCUAAUUUGAUUGUGGUACAUUAUUGCUUCCACUGUAAUUUCUCGGGUGUAAUUUUUU